CUUCCUGUGUCGGGGUGACACCAGCUGCUGUUGCCUGUGCUGUUUGCAUAUAUGGUCAAGUGAGCAUGGCAACCUUUGACGUACUGGCUUCUAAAAACAGCGUUGACCCCCACUGCUUGACCAUGCUGCAGUGCCAGCUGGGAAGGGAAGCUCAUAGGAGUCAUUUGGAUAAGUCGGCAUUGUUUUGAGGGGGGACGAAAACAGCCUCUUAGCCGAGUCAUAUCUUUUGGGGGCUGAAUCCUUUCCCUCAAAACACACACACACCCCACCCAGGGCUUUGUGCCGUGUGAUGAGCGUCUCAGUGGAGUACUUAUAUACCAAGAAGCAGAGCAGCAUGGACAGCCUGGAGAAGCAGCUCAUCUGCCCCAUUUGCUUGGAAAUGUUCACCAAGCCGGUGGUGAUCUUGCCCUGCCAGCACAAUCUCUGCCGGAAGUGUGCCAGCGACAUCUUCCAGGCCUCAAACCCAUACCUGCCAACCAGGGGGGGCACCACAGUAGCAUCAGGGGGCCGGUUCCGCUGCCCGUCCUGUAGGCAUGAGGUUGUUCUGGACCGACACGGUGUGUAUGGGCUGCAGCGUAACCUGCUGGUGGAGAACAUCAUUGAUAUGUACAAGCAAGAGAGCAGCAGCGGAGGCACCAAGCCCAGUCCGGAGAGGAAGAGUGAGCAGCCCUUGUGCGAGGAGCACGAAGAUGAGAGGAUUAACAUCUACUGUGUGACCUGCGCCAAGCCCACCUGCUCUCUGUGCAAGGUGUUCGGCUCUCACAAGGACUGUCAGGUGGCUCCUCUCAACAGCGUCUACCAGACACAGAAGUCGGAGCUUUCAGACAGCAUCGCUAUGCUCGUGGGUAACAAUGACCGGAUGCAGGGCAUCAUCAGUCAGCUGGAAGAGAUGUGCAAGACUAUUGAAGAAAACGGCCGGAGGCAGAAGUCACAAGCGUGUGAGAAGUUCGACAACCUCUACUCCAUCCUGGAGGAGCGAAAGGCCGAGAUGACCCUGAAGAUCAACGCCGAGCAGGAAGAGAAGCUGGACUACAUCCACAGCCUGCAGAGAAAAUAUGGGGAUCAUCUGGAGAUGAUGUCCAAGAUUGUGGAGACUGGUAUCCAGACUAUGGAUGAGCCUGAGAUGGCUCUGUUUCUGCAGAAUUCAAAGCCUCUUCUACAGAAGAUCACAGAAGCCUCUGACAUCUCCCACUUGGAAAAGGUGGAGCGGGGUUAUGAGAAUAUGGAUCACUUCACUGCCAGCUUUCAGCGAGAGGGCAGUGCUAUCCGUAACGUAGACUUUCUCAAAGAUGAGGAGGAUGAGGAUGAAGAUGACGAAGAGGAGGAGGGGGCAGAAGAGGGUGGUGCGGAGAGUGAGACGGCAGGAGCAGGUCAGGCGGGUGCGUCGCAGGCGGGGGCAGCCGUCGGGGGUGGCGCGCAGCCGAAGCAGAAAACGGCUCCACAUGCGCCAGUCGGGGCACCCCAGGGAGCGCCCACGACCACGCCUACCGCCACGCCCCUGGCCACACCCACAACAGCCCCCGCGGCCACACCCUCGAGCCCAGGUCAGCUGCCUGAAACCCCGGCGCAGGCGCCCUCUGAUUCUGCCAGCGGAGCAGCCGGGCACAGCAGCAGCAGUCAAAACCCAGAUGAUAAAGGUGGAGAUGGACCCCGUCAUGUCUUCUCUUUCUCCUGGCUAAACUCCCUCCAAUAAUGCUCGUCUUCCGGCUAAUAUUCGCUGUCGUGUGACUGAGGGCUAAGCCGCGGGCGGCCCUGCGCCGUAAGGCCAGUCACGCCGACACUCACUGUAGCCGAAGUUUUACACGUUAAAACGCGUUUUGCUCUGAAUGCAACGACUGUGUGAACAAGUAGGAGGCGCGGUGGAAACGUAGCACGCAAAACUACACAACAAUAAAGUUAAUCUCAGCACCUUUUAAUGCUUUUAUUAAAAAUAUAUUUGAAAGAUAUUCCUUUUGCACAACAAAAAUGACUGGUUGCUCACACCAUGUUUAUUAUUAAACAAACAUUUUAAAGUACAGUACGGCAUUCUUAUGUCUGUAAAAUCUCGAAUUCUACUACUAAAAAUAAUUUUAUGAUUUUUUUAAAACUUCCUAAUCAGCAAUAGUACAACAGUUAGGCUACACAAUAAAAUUACGGUAUUCCUGUAUUAGGAGAAAGGAAAUGUGUAAUGACCAAUUUGCCCAAUACAAUUCCCCGCACAGCCUCCUGGUUCUAAAAUAAAUACAAAACCUGUUUAAGUAAUAAAUAAAACUAAAUAGCGGCAGUAUGCAA